GUACCAUUCCGCCAACACACCGGGGUGGAAGGAUUUUGUUGUGACAGCGGAGCAGCAACCCGGCGGGGGAGACGGUAUCGCGUAGUGUUUUUCCCUCUCGGAUCGGCCAUGGCCUUCAGCAAAGGAUAUCGUAUUUACCACAAGCUGGAUCCACCGCCAUACAGCGUCAUAGUGGAGACGAGGGCCAGGGAGGAGUGCCUCAUGUUCGAAUCCGGCGCGGUCGCCGUUUUGUCGGCGGCGGAAAAGGACGCCAUUAAAAGUACAUACACCAGGAUCUUCGAUGCGUAUGGGAUUCUCGGCGUCCUUCGUCUUAACCUGGGCGACUCCAUGCUGCACAGUCUGGUGGUCGUGACCGGGUGCAGCUCCGUGGGCAAGGUGCAGGACUCGGAGGUGUUCAGGGUCACGCAGACGGACUUCAUAUCGCUGAAGAACGACCCGAGCGACGAGGACCGGAUCGCCGAGGUGCGCAAGGUGCUGAACUCGGGGCACUUUUACUUUGCCUGGUCGGCCACCGGAGUCAGCAUGGACCUGAGCCUCAACGCGCAUCGCAGGAUCCUAGAGGACACUACAGACAACCGCUUCUUUUGGAACCAGUCGCUGCACCUGCACCUGAAACACUACGGCGUGAACUGCGACGACUGGCUGCUGAGGCUGAUGUGCGGCGGCGUGGAGAUCCGGACCAUCUACGCGGGCCACAGGCAAGCCAAGGCCUGCAUCUUCUCCCGGCUCAGCUCGGAGCGAGCCGGCACCAGGUUCAACGUGCGGGGAACCAACGACGACGGGCAGGUGGCCAACUUUGUGGAGACCGAGCAGGUUGUUUUCCUGGAUGACAAAGUCUCCUCCUUCAUCCAGAUCCGGGGCUCCAUUCCUCUGUUCUGGGAACAGCCGGGCAUCCAGGUGGGCUCCCAUCGUGUCAAACUGUCCAGGGGAUUUGAGGCGAACGCACCUGCUUUUGAAAGACACUUCACUGCGCUGCGGAGGUUGUACGGAAAGCAGGUGAUCAUCAACCUGCUUGGAGGCAAAGAAGGAGAACAUAUGCUCAGCAAAGCGUUUCAGAGCCACCUGAAGGCUUCGGAGCACGCCGCAGCAGUCAAGAUGAUUAACUUUGACUACCACCAAAAUGUCCGGGGCGGCAAGACGGACAAACUCAGCAGCGUCCUGAAGCCCCAGCUCAGUAAAUUCAUAGACGAGUGCGGCUUCUUCUACUAUUCCGGGGAAAAGGGCAUCGUGAGGACCCAGGGAGGAACCAUCAGGAGUAACUGCCUGGACUGUUUGGACAGAACCAACAGCGUUCAGGCCUUCUUUGCACUUGAGAUGCUGCCCAAGCAGUUGGAGCAAAUGGGCCUGACAGAGAAACCGCAGCUGGUGGCCCGGUUCCAGGAGGUGUUCAGGACCAUGUGGUCUGCCAACGGGGACUCCGUCAGUAAGAUCUAUGCCGGCACCGGAGCCCUGGACGGCAAGGCCAAGCUCAAGGACGGAGCUCGCUCUGUGACGCGGACCAUCCAGAACAACUUCUUCGACACGUCCAAGCAGGAGGCCAUAGACAUCUUGAGGCUGGGAUCCACGCUCAACAGCGAUUUGGCCGACAAAGCCCGAGCCUUGCUCACCACUUCCAGUCUUUACGUCACUGAGCCCGUCUUACAAUCAGCCUCUCCGAGAGUCCUGCUGGGAAUGUGUCAGAACCACCACAAGUACACAAAGCCCAAGCAAAUCCGGGUCGGCGUCGGCACCUGGAACGUCAACGGGGGCAAACAGUUUCGCAGCAUCGCGUUUCGCAACCAGACGCUGAACGACUGGCUGCUGGACGCUCCAAAGAAGGCGGGGCAUCCCGAGUUCCAGGACAGCAAAGCUAACCCCAUCGAUAUCUUUGCCAUUGGCUUUGAGGAAAUGGUGGAGCUGAAUGCCGGGAACAUUGUCAGUGCCAGCACUACUAACCAGAAACUGUGGGCUGUCGAGCUCCAGAAAAACAUUUCAAGGGACCACAAGUACGUGCUGCUGGCCUCCGAGCAGCUGGUGGGAGUGUGCCUGUUUGUCUUCAUCCGUCCGCAGCACGCACCCUUCAUCAGGGAUGUCGCUGUAGACACGGUGAAAACUGGAAUGGGCGGGGCCACCGGCAACAAGGGAGGCGUCGCCAUCCGCCUGCUGUUCCACACCACCAGCAUCUGCUUCGUCUGCUCCCACUUCGCCGCCGGCCAGUCGCAGGUCAAGGAGAGGAACGACGACUACAACGAGAUCACUCGCAGACUCAGCUUCCCCAUGGGCCGUCUGCUGUAUUCGCACGAUUACGUGUUCUGGUGCGGGGACUUUAACUACCGAAUCAACCUGCCCAACGAGGAAGUGAAAGAGCUCAUCAAGCAGCAGAACUGGGAGGCUUUGACAGCUGGCGAUCAGUUGGUGGAACAGAAAAAUGCAGGAACGAUCUUUCGCGGUUUUAUCGAGGGAAACUUGGAUUUCGCCCCCACCUACAAGUAUGACCUCUUCUCAGAGGACUACGACACCAGCGAGAAGUGCCGCACACCAGCCUGGACCGACCGCAUCCUUUGGAAGAGGAGAAAGUGGGACUUCGACCGAACAGCUGAGGAGAUGAACAUCGUGGGUGUACCUUCUACAUCCGGGGAGGCUGAGGAUGACUCAGAACUGGCCUGGAGCCCUGGCACUUUGAAGUACUAUGGCAGGGCUGAGCUCAAGACCUCAGAUCACAGGCCUGUGGUGGCUAUAAUAGAUGUGGACAUCCUGGAGGUGGACCCCGAGGAACGACACCAGGUCUACAAAGAAGUCAUUGCCCAGCAGGGGCCUCCAGAUGGCACCGUCUUGGUGUCCCUCUGCUCCUCGGGGCCCGAUGACUAUUUUAGCGAUGAACUCAUAGACGAGCUGCUUGAUAAGUUUGCUAAUUUUGGAGAGGUCAUCCUCAUCAGGUUUGUCGAGGAGAAGAUGUGGGUGACCUUCUUGGAAGGUUACUCCGCCCUGGCUGCUCUCUCUCUCAGUGGUUCCACCGUCCUUGAGAAGAUGAUUGACAUCCGCCUGAGGAGCCCGGGAUGGAUCAAGAGUCUGGAGGAUGAGAUGAGUGUGGAGAGGAUCUGCGGCAGCAUUCCCACUUCAGCCAGCUCCACCUUGCUUGCCGAGGAUGUGGACGUGGGUGAUGAAGAUUAUGACAUGGAAGGCGAUGUGGACGACGAGGUGGAGGACAUCCUUCCCCAGCACCUGCAGCCGGGAGCAGGCUCUGCCCCCGGCUCUUCCCCGCUGCCGUCCCCCCGCGGCAGUCCGUGUCCCUCUCCCACUCACGGAGAGCCCGCUGCUCCCAACAGACCAAGUCGUGGACAACAACCCCCCCGGCCGUCGCAAGUGGAAGCAGAUUUAAGCCCGUCGUCACAGAGGAGAGGAUCGGCAGGGCCGCCUGUAGACUUCCAGCCUGGUGCUCCCACAGGUCCCGGCCUGGAGCCCAAACGACCUCCUCCACCUCGGCCCAAUGCUCCUCCAGCCAGACCAGCGCCGCCUCAGCGCCCACCGCCGCCUUCAGCUGGCAUGAGCCCUCAGCCAGUUAGAAAGGACUCUGCAGACUGGGGCAAAUGUCCCAGCCCACUGUUCGGUAGGAGAUUCAGUGAAGACUGGGGCAAAUGUCCCAGCCCACUGUUCGGUAGGAGAGGCAGUGAAGGACCAAAAAGCCCCGCCCUUCCCCGGCCAGACGCCGCUGCAGGUCGAGGCCAGGCAGGACCACCAGCGCCAGGAGGAGCUUCCCGACCAAACAUUCCUCCUCGAGCUGGAGUGAUCAGCAUGCCUCCUCAGUCCCGCCCACAACCUCCGUCCCACCCGGGGGCGCCACGGCCCAUUCCCGACGUGCAUCCCGGGGCCCCUCGGCCCACCCCGGACACUCACCCCGGAGCCCCGCGGCCUGUGCCCAGCGCACAAGUUAAACCACCAGAGCUUCCUCUGGGUCCUCCACCAUCAGGACCACCUCCCACAGCCAGACCCCAUGCCCAGUCUCCCAUGCAGUCGCCCAUGCAGCCUCAGCCAGCCCCCCCGCCGGCUCAGUCCCAGCUGCCGCCGCCGAUGCAGCCCACGCUCCCCGCUCCGAUGCAGCCGCAACAAGCCGCCCCGCCGUCCGCAGGCACCCCGCCGCCGGCGGCCACCCCCACCGCCGCUUCGCCCGGGCCUCAGCAGAGCCUGGCCUCCCCCAAGCCUCCGCCCCGCUCCCGCUCCUCUCACGCUCUGCCCCCCGAAGCCGCUGCCAAGUCGGACUCCGCCCCGGCCGCACAGACCAACGGACUGAAUGGAUUCCAAAGAGAAGCACAAUGGAAGCUGGACCCCUUUGACUCGCUCACACCUGAAUUGUUCCCCUCCUCGCCGUCAUCCCGCCUCACCACCCAGUCCCUAAACAGGGGCUCCUCCCCGCGCGCCCCGCCCUCCCUUCUUCCGCCUCCGUCUUCCUCCUCUACUCUCCCCGCGUCCUCCUCCCUGCGGCCCCCUGACCCGUCGCCCCUGACGUUCCUGAAUCCGCCUUCCUCAUCCUCGCUCUCCAACCCGUCGCCGUUCGCCGCCCCGCUGCUGCUGCCGCCUCCUCCUGCCGCCCCGUCUCGCAGCCGCUCUCAGGAGACGCUGCGGGCCUCUCCCAACCCGCUGCAGGCCGAGCGGCUCCCCGCCCGGCCCAGCAGCACCAAUCCCUUCACAGGCCCCCUGGCGCAGCAGCAGCAGCAGCAGCUGCCGCGACGCUCCCUCACCCCGGACUUCAGCCUCCAGCAUCAAACCCAGGCGGCUGACCUCCACAGGACUCUGUCUGCUUUUUCUCAGCCCCUUGUCCCCGCCCCCGCCUCCACCGCGUCUCCGUUCGGACCCUCGUCCGCCCCAACCCCGCGCACCUUCCCUCUGCUACCUCUCGCUUUACCCCCGUCGGCGCCCUCCUCCCUCCCCCCCACUCUCGCGCCCUUCCGCCAGCCGCCGCCGCCCUCACGGGGGCCACAGGCGAAGCCGUGGGUGACGUUCGACGACGAAACGAGCACCUCCGCGGCAUCAAAGAGACAACAGUGCCCCGCUUUACCUCCCGGCUCCCUUGCGCCCCAGACUCAAACUCAGCCGGCCAGCUCUGUGUUCGACUCUGAGCCCGAGUGGCUGUCCUCCGUACCCCCUCACAUCCCGACCAGAACUGCCACCAGUAACCCCAGCCCCCCGCAGGGUCCCGCUAACAACGGCUUUUUUCCCCUGUAGCCACCAGAAGAAAAAGAAAACAACCCAAUCCCCCCCCCCCCCCCCCCCUUCCCAGAUGUAAGAGGCAUAUCUCUAUAUGUAUAGAUCUAUGAUAAAUGAUUAAAUGUGUGUGUUUAUGUAAAAAAAAAAAAAAAAAAAAAGCAGAGACACUAUUUAAGAAUUAUAGACCAAACCCUUCAGAGUCGCAGGAAAGAGUUUAUAUCUGGAAGCGGUGUCAUGAGAGAUGUGUGAGCACCGCUGCUUCCUGGGUGUUAGCGUUUGAUUCACUAUGACUCACUCUGGUUGUUUUAACUGAGCGCAGCAAACACGUGCCUGUGUCUACGGUGUGUGUGUGUGUGUGUGUGUGUGUCCUGUAAACUAUAUCUACAAAACACACCAGUCGUGCGUUUACGCACCUGUGCAAUAUCAAGGCAUACCUGUGUGGCCGCGUCGACGUUUCGUAAUAAAUAUGUGUGGCUUUUGCAGAUGCCCCCCCCCCCCCCACCCAGCACGGUAUCACAGCCCUCAUUUCUGACUGAUCAGAGCUGUCGGACCAACAGCCAAUCGUUCCUUUUUUCGCUUCGCCUUCAGGUCGCAGGGUGUGCACUGCAGGGUUUCCGUGUUCUCCUUUUUAUUCUGUCCCCCCCCCCCCUCUUACUGGGACUGACAGGUUUGGACUUUUUAGUCGCUUUGAUUUCUGAAUGUAAUUUUUAUUUGCACUGGAUUCGUGGACCCGCACUGCCGCAGGAGUGACGCUCUGUAAUAUCACCCCCCAUCAUCUCCGUUCACUCUGUUCAGUCGGCGUCACUUGUUGUCUGUAAGCUGAUCUACUUUACUAAUUAGCUCAGCCUCCGAACCUAUACAUGGCAAACUUAUGUAUAAAUGUGUGCUUGAUUACAGGAAGUACUGGAUGUGUGUGUUUGUGUGUGUGUGUUAGUGGGGACCAAGCCAGAGGGUUAUGCACUGAGAUGCCGUCUGCGCUCUCCUGGUUAAGGAUCUAACAGAGGAGGGCGUUUCCACUGGGCUUUCACCUCCUUCCUGGUUUGACCAAAGCAUCAAUCCGUAAUAUUAGGAACUAUCAAAAACGUUGCGAGCUAGUGCGCGGACUUGUACUGAAAGUACGACGACGAUGAUGACGCGAUUUGGGUCCGCAAGCGUAAUAAUCAGACGGCACUUUUUUUUUUUUUUUUGGUUUACUUUGAGUCCUUUUAUUGUCAUUUCUAGUACCAGCUACUCUAAAUAAUUAUCGUUACCAUGGUGAGAAGUGACGUGCUGUGUUUGAGGUGCAUACUGUAUCGUCCGUCGUUCUUUUUCGGGUUGGAUGUGGAUGUGUAGCUAUGCAGGUUUUUUUAAGAUUUGAAGCGUGUUUCCUUACAGACUCAAAGUCUCCC